GAUCGUUGUCAUUGUCAUAAUUGUUUGUACAUUUUUUACCAAUAAUUAAACAAAUUUUAAACAUGAACUCAAUACUCACAAACAACAUUUAUAAAAGAUGAAAAUCAAGGAAAUGUGGUCCACACUGAACUAAAACUAGUGAAAAUUUAAUACAAUAGAAAUAUAUGAAAUUGUAAUAGAAGAUGAGUUCUCUUAAUUUAUUGCUGUAUUUGUUAAUUUUAUCUAUAAAUAGUUCUUUCGGCGUUGAAGAAAAAUGCCCAGCUAAGUGUAUAUGCAAGAAAAAUCUUCCCAACGAAGGUUUAAAGAUGUCUUGUGGAGAAGGAGAAAAAGUGUAUCAUUUAGAUGAAUUGGAAUUGUUAAAUUUAGCUAGCGAGGUUGUUCAACUGAAUUUGUCCGGAAAUGGGCUAGCAUCUUUUCAGCCAAAGGUUGAACUUCCUGAUCUUCAAAAACUAGAUCUAAGUAAAAAUCAAUUAACAGAGCUUAAGGCUCAUCAAUUUGUCGAGGUUCCAAAUUUAAGAAGACUGGAUUUAUCUAUUAAUAUUAUCAGGCAUAUCGAUUUGUUGGCCUUUGAAAAAUUAAGGCAUUUGGAAAGACUUAAACUGAAUCAAAAUCAGAUCACAGCUAUUACAAUUGGUACAUUUGCACCACUUGAAAAAAUUAAACAACUAGACAUAUCAAGUAAUCCAUUAGUUUGCGACUGCAGCCUGCUCUGGUUGCACGAUUGGGUACAAAGACAAUCCCUAAAGCUAUCAUCGAAUCCAAAAUGCAUGUCUCCAUCCACAUUUAAAGGAAGACCAUUGAAAAAGCUUAUAAUUGGAGAUGACAUCCAUUGUAAAUCUCCUGCUGGCAGUAGUGGGUUGCCAUUUAUUGAACUGAAACCUGAGGAAAAUCAGGUUGUAUUUGAGGGAGACUCCCUUACAAUGCAGUGCUAUGUGCCAAGUAUUUCUGAUUCGUUAGAGAAUCCUCUUCAGAGUGAUAUUCAUUGGACCUGGCUGGAUUUCGAUCCCAAAGAUCAUUUCUCUGAUAUAAGGAUCGAAAACGAGUUAUUAGGUAGUGCAGGGAGGAUAUCUAGCACUCUUAUAGUUCCUAGAUUAGCUAAAAACCAUACGGGUAUUUGGAAUUGUCAGUUUUUAUCCUUGCAUGGGAAUCACUCAAAAGGAAUUUCGGUGGUCGUUAUAUCAGAUAAAACAAAAUACUGCCCCAUGACGGUAACGAGAAACAACAAAGGCAGCUACAACUGGCCACGAGCUAUCAUAAAUUUCACCAUAACGAUGCCCUGCGAAUCGUUGAAUCUGAACUACGACGUCACCCAUCAAAAAGCUUCCUACACGUGCACAGAAAACGGGCAAUGGUCGAAUCUUAACACGUCGAUGUGCUCGUACAUCUCCGACACCACCAAAAUCCUCGAACAGUUCUCGAUGGUGGAUACCAGCAUAGAGGAAAGUGCCAAACACUUCAGAAACUACACUCUGAACAAAAGUAUAUUCAACGAUGUAGUCGACUUGUCAUACGCAGUUACUACUAUUGAGAAUUACGUGAAGUAUGCUCCUAAAGAACACGUUGGAACUAUAGCGGCUAUUUUAAUGGACGCGACGAACAAUCUGAUGGAUCUGCCGAGGAGUUACUUGAGAGAGACCGAUUUGGAGUUUGGUACUUCAGGAAGAUUGUUGAAAGCUACUGAGAGGAUCGCCGUUUUCUUGAAUCCUACCAAUUUUCACAAGAACAAUUUGGCUAUAGAAAUAUUUCCCGUCCAAAAAGAAGGCUUCCGAGGUCUUACUUGCACCUUAUACACAAAUCCGAACAACAGGAAAGAUUCUUUGUUCUCGUGCGCUUCGAGCAAUCGACAAGAAACGUCGAGUUACCAAGGGAAGACCACCGACGCGUCAGUAGCCAUACCGGAAAGUCUUUUUAAACAAUUGCAGAAGAAGGAGAACUUGACGAACAAGGAAUAUGACCUACUGGUCGCGAUCCACUACAGUAGCAAGCUGUUUUCGAUGGACCAGAAGAGAUAUGGGAAGGAAGAUGUGACCUCCGCUGUCGUAGGUGUACAACUAGUUGAUUUCGUCGUGAGGAAUCUAACAGAUCCAGUUUACGUGAUGUUGCGCACUCCAUCCACAACCAUCUACGACGUGACCCCCUUCAUGCCAGUUUGGUGGGACGCCACUGCUAACAACGGAACAGGAAACUGGAGUACCGACGGUUGUAAGUUUUCCCACGACAUCCAGGAGUAUCUGGUCUUCUCGUGCGACAGCUUCGGCUACUACGGCCUUCUCCAAGACGUCACCAUGCUAGAGGAACAUGUAAGUGCCAAAUUCAAGCUGAGUCAUCCAGCGGUAUACGUAGGUGUUUUUGUAUUGUUUACUUCGUUUUUGAUAGUUAUUUUGACGUAUCUUCUUUGCUACGUUACUAUACAAAUACCUAAGAAGACGAAGCAUUCGUUGAUUAACACGUGGAUAUCUAUAUCUUUACUAACUUUUCUGUACAUAUUCGGUAUUUAUCAAACCGAGGACACCAAAGUUUGUCAAAUUGUUGGCAUGAUCUUACAUUAUUUCACUCUAUGUUCGUUGCUUUGGAUGUGUGUUGGGGUAAACUGUAUGUACAAGAGACUAAGCAAGAACGACAUUAUAGGUCUGCAAGAUGACGACUUACCGUCAGACUAUCCAAUACAGAAACCUAUCUUAGGUUUGUAUCUUGUAGGUUGGGGCAUAGGUCUGAUCAUUUGCGGACUGUCAGCUGCUAUAAACAUGAACGAGUACGCUUCCUCUAGUUAUUGCUUCCUCAAAUCAGGCCCAGCUCUAAGCGCUCUUUAUGUUCCGUGUAUCAUCUUCACUGUCUUCCUGAUUAUAUUCUUCCUGUUGAUACGAUGUGCUAUUUACAAUUUAGACGCCAAUGGUCACUUAAGUGAAGGUACACAAGCUACAGAACACGUCGAUCUGGAUUUACUGGAGCCCGAACCGAAUUUUCCUCACGUCGAAACUAGAAGUAUAUCCACCAAGACUGGUUCCAGCGAAAUAGAAGACCCAGAGCAUGCUCCAUCUGCGCAACUAAAAGCCUACAUCAUAUUUUUGAUUAUAUACGUCAUGACGUGGUUGAGCUGUGCAUUUGCCACAGAAUCACCCUUCCACAUAUUUUCUUUCGAGGAAGAUCUAUUCAGUAUAGCGUUCGCUAUAUUAGCAACGACCCUCAGCGCAUUUACACUCUUCUUUUAUUGUGUCGCAAGAAACGAUGUUCGGACUCAGUGGGUUAUAAUGUCUAGAUGGAUGAAACGUAAGCGUAUGUGCAAGGUUAGGUCAAGAAACGUAUCAGACACUGCUCUGACUAUUCCUCAGAUCCAAAUACAACCGUUACCUUUGCCUCCUGUCAGUAAUCUAGAGGCUCAGAUCAUCUCUAGGUCUACGAGCCGGACUUCCAGCCACUCAAAAACUAACUCUAGGAAUAGUAACAUACUCAAAGGAGCAGUGGACCUUAACGAAAGCUUCAGCGACCAUCAAGGAGCUAAGAUUAACAACGUUAAUCUAGUAGUGUUACAUCGAGCGCAGUAUAGGAACAGUAUUAUUCCUAAUAUUAUUGAAAAUCCCACCAACGCUGAUGUUUUCUACAACCCCCACCAGAGUACAGUAGCUAGGAAGUUCUUUAAACGACAGAGGAGGAACAUGAUGAAGAAGAAUAAUUUGGCCAAACCUCCUAGGGACAUAAACAGCGAUACUGCUUCGGUAUUCUCAGAACCGAAGCUCAAAAUAAAAAAUAACAGCGAGCAAAACAUUUUCGGGACCAAUUCAAAGGUAAAUAACACGAAUAUACACGUUGAACAUAAGCACCGGAUACAGCAAAAGAAUCCUAACAUAUUCUCCGACAGCGCUGAUGAUUUUGACUCAGAAAGUAAUAUUCCCGUAGAAAAUAUCGUCAUACAUGCUGAAAGACUUAGAAAAAAAGAGCUAUCUAGGAAUAGAAGCAGAAAGAAACAUAACACUACGGAAAAUAACAUGCAUUCCAUGUCUCAACAGUGUACUUUAGAUUAUAGCUCAGAAACUAUCUCAGAUUCUAUAUUAGACAAGACUAGUCCCGACAAAACACUACUGCCAAAUCAAGAGAGUUUUAAUACAACGGAAACGAGUGAGCCAGUUGAGUCUCUUCGGAGAGAAAACAGCCCGCUUAGUAUCCUAACGGAAAACGAUCCAAACUAUUGCCAAAUCGUAGACUUACCACCCAGAGACGAAUAUUUCCAAAAAUCCGGCACCGUUGGUCAGUCUGCUAGUUGUAACUUUAGUGGUCUCGAUACUUCGUCGGUAGGUGGCGCUUCCACACCUAGAAUCUAUGUGAAUCCCCAAGACUUGAGAUUAGGCAAAGGAGAUGGCCAAAGCAGGGCCAGUAGCGUCUCUGUUAGUGACUUGGACGAGUUGUAUCAACAGAUCAGGAGAGGUCCACAGUCGAAGAGGUAUAGGCAAGUGUAUACGCCCUCUAGGGAUAGUCCGUGUUUGUCGGAUUCAGAAAUUAACUCGUUUAUUAAUGACAGUAGGCAUAGAAGGAUAGAUCUGAGGAGUAGGGAUGAGUUCGAUAGGUUGAGUGAUGAUAUAGAGACUAGAGUUUAAAGUGACAGUAUUGAUUUGGCGUUAAUAGUCUUGAAUGACUCGUGACUGCCGGUUGGUCCGUACUUUUUCUUGAUUUGCUCUCCUGUAACGUGAAAAAUAGCUUUAAAGGCCAUUAUAGUAGCUCAUACUGCGAAUUUAAUAUCUGAACAGCUAAACUAAAAGUCGAACAAUUAGGCAUGCACUUCAUAGAUUUAAUGACAUCAUAACCCACCGGUACAAACUUGACGGCAAAAAAAAUCAACAAAUUUUUCCUCAUAUAUUAGUUUUUUUUUACUACCGUUAAGUUCAGCAGGAAAAUAUAAAUAUGUAAAAUUUUUGUUUGUUUAUUUUUUUUAUUGCCUUUGGGAGCUGUGCCCAUUUAGCCAGCAACAUUUCUUAAAAUUAACGCCUAACUAAACCUACCAUUCAACAAAACUAUUAUGAACCUAAUCUAUCAAUCAAGGAUAGGGAAGGGACGGUCAAGUUGGUUAAAAAAUAAACUGUCGUUAAAAUAUAAACUAAAUAAAUAAAAUAUAAUUUGAAAACAAUAAUUUGACAUUAUAUUUAACCUCCAAUAUCAUGACAGACGUCAGUUACUAUGCUUUUUCUCAUGUGGAUCUUUCAGUGCGUCACAGUUUUUCGAUUGCUUUCUAACGCGUUAAAUUGCAUGUGACAGAAAAAAACGCACGUCCGUGAUUACAUUUCGUCGGUGACAUUUAUAACAUUUAUUCUAGUUGUCAAUAGAUGGCGCUAUAAUCGAAAUAAAAAUUAUUUUCGAAUUAUAUAAUAUAUCUACGAAUAUAAUCAGUACAAUUUAUAAGACUAUACAAAUCAAAGAAAAUACCAUUUUAUAAAUGCAAUAAACAGAAUUGAUUUGUUUUCAUGCCAAAUUGCAAAUAAAAUUUGACAACUGUCAGAUUUAACUAAAAUGUCAUGUCACUAAAAUGUAUAUUAUCACGGACUCACCUUUUUUUCUAUCAUUUGUGACGCACUGAAAAAUGCUAAUGAAAAGAAGCAUAUUUACAAUGUCACCAAAUAUAAUAAUGACGUCAUAUAAAUUCGUCACUAAUUCUAGCCAAUGAAAUGCUCGCUGUAAUAGGAAUGGCAUGUCAAAAAAAUCUGAUCAUUCCCUAUAUAUUUUUUCAAAUUUAGAAUAUGGCAACAAAGGGAAAAUUACGUGCAUUCCUUAUUGUUUGACUUUUCCUAUAUUUAACGGAUUUCUUUGUAAUAAAGAUGAAGUGCUACUAUUUUUCAUUAGUCAUGAAAAGACAAAAAAAAAACAUGUUUGGCCUUUUAGAUAAUACAGUUGUCUUUAUUACAUUCGUAGCAUGAGGUGCUAAAGCUCUCUUCUUGCCCAAAAAAUGCUCAAUAGUUUUCGGAACAACUAGGUGUCAUGGUUUACAGACAGUAUUGGUGAAGCUAUAGCUUAAUAUGUAUAUUUUUGGAGUUAUUUAAAGAUAUAUUGCGGAUAGUGAAUUUGAUUGGUAGUUUUUGAGAUUGCGUGCAAUGAUUUUUAAUAGACAUACAAGCUCAAUGAGUGAUUAGCCAUUGUAGGGCGAUUUAGAGUGAAGGAAAUACGUAAAAAUAUACACGAAAUAUUUGUAAAUGGGCCAUUCUACGGAAAUUUUGCCUUGGAAGCAAUGUGCGCUGUUUUUUAUCAAUUAUAUCUUACUGACGUGCCCAAUUAGAGAUAUAGUUUCUAUUUUAAGUCACGCCAGUCAAGUAAUGGGUUUUUAAUAAUCAAUUCUAAAUCGUACUUUUUUUGAUUCGUCAUGUGCAAGAUAAAUAUGUUCAGGUGUGACUAAAAUAUUAACAAAUUUUUAUUUUCAAUACCUUUUUUAUUUAUGAAGGAAUGGGAAAAGAAGUUCCUCUUCAGAUGGUGGGUUCUUAACCUUACCAGGAUCAAAUAUUUUAAUGUGUUUUUUGUAAAGUCCCAAUGUGUUGUUCUAGAUGUUUUUUAAAUUUUACAUGUGUUUUACAUAAUAUCAGUCUUUUCAAUUUUUUAGGUAUGACGUAUGACCCAAUUUUGAUGAUUUACAUUUUAAAGCGGCCAUCUUUUGUGCACCCUAGUGUAUUUAUUGUUGGUAUUAACUGGUUCAGCACAAGGUUAAGCUGUACAUGUAAGAGUCUCACUGGAAUGGCCUAGAUGUUUUUUUUUAUUUACAGUGAGGUUGAUCUUUGUGUCUUAUAGUAGUUGGCUUGUGGAUUUGUAGUUUGAGCAGCUUUUUUUUAUACAAAAACUGCAGCGGGACUCUGUGCAAUGUAGUAUACUACGUGUAGAAAAGUUUCUAUCGCUUUGGCGUGCUUCGGCACUCCGUGCAUCGAUAUUGUCACGUGAAUGCGAUUAUUUUGGUCGUUUCGUUUCUAUGUAGAAUACUACAAUAGAAUACUAUGUUGCACGUAGUCCAAUUCCUGGAAAUAUAUAUGAAUCAUCAUAGUAAAAUAGUACAAAUAACAGUUUAUAUGUUUUUCUGAAUCGAAGAAUUCUAUUGAUAUUAUAAAACGGUCCUAGUCUAAUAAUUCUCUUUAGAAUAUAAUAGACUUUUAUAUAAGAACACUAAGUAAAGACAGUGCUGAAAAUAUAGAGAGAAAUAAUUUUUUUUGGCUUAACGGCAUAGGCGCAAAAUGUCGCCUGUCAAAUGUUUAAUGUAUUUUAAAUGAAUUAAUUUUUUUCGAAUUCUGAGGAAACUAAUAAGUAUUUUUGAAAAAUUUAAACGCAGAAUGAAAGAUUGCGUUAUUUCCGAGGGCCGAAAGUCGCUAAGAAUAACCAAAAUAGUUAUUUAUGAAACAGUUCGUGAAGUAUGCUUUUUGCGAACGCACGCGAUGUUUAGAGCACGAGCGACAGCGGAGCGAGUGCUAUACAUCGCGUAAGUUCGCAAAAAGUACUUCACGCACAGUUUCAUACAAUAUUUUAUCUACGAUAAACAAAUAAAAAAGCUGUAACUAUUCGUCACUGCAAUUCAUUUCUAUUCUACAAUUUUUAGAAUUUUGGCAUUUAAAAAUUCUAACUUCUUUCAAACUACCAAACUGUCAAAACUUUUGUUGUAAUUUAUUGCUCAUUAUGUCAUCACCAUGACAACGCGAAAGUUAAGGAUAUUUGAUUAUAUGAAAGUGUGCCAAAAAACAGUGCGAAAAAGUAAAUCCUAUUUAAAAUACAUUGUUACUUCACGCACACUUUAAACCCUUCACGCACUGCUAUCUAUAAUGACAGUUUUCACAAACCAAAAACUUACACAUAAUAAUAAUAUGACAUAGAGUAGAUAAAGUUUCUUUUGAAUGAGAUAUUUGAAAUUAAAAGUCACACUUCCCUUUUUUUCACCCUUGUAACUUAAAUGUAUACAAUAUUAAAAUAAAUAUUACAGUUUUCAGGGACUUUCGGCCCUCGGUAAUAACGUAAUAUUUCAUUUUGCGUUUAAAUGUUUCAAAAAUACUUAUUAGUUUUCUCAGGAUUCGAAAAAAAUAAGUAAGUACGUUUAAAACACGUUGAAUAUUUUGACAGGCGAUAUUUUGCGCCUAUGUCCUUAAUAUAUGAACGGAUCUGUGAAAAAAGACUGCAUAGAUGCAUUCUGAUUUGUACAGAAAAAGUUGUGUGAUAGCUUCAAUAAUAAUAAUUAUUGGCUCAUGCUAAUACAUCUCAAAUAGGUCAAGAAUAUUAAUAAAAAAAUAAAAUAUUUAAAAAUUUGCUAUAAAUUUUAAUAGUUUUAACAGUUCUUUGUUUGUCGUUUAUUACGUCCUGUUCGUUUUAUUUGUUUUUUCACUGUUUCACUGUUUGUGUCUUUUAUGUAAUACGUAUACAAUUCUUGUCUAUUAUUAAAUUGUCUUAAAAAAAUGUAAAAUAAAUUCGUUUAUUUUGAAGAAGAAUAGAAGCAAAGAUAUGCCACAUUAAAAAAUUACUUCUCUUGUUUUUUUUGAGCACUCUACUAAAUGUUUACUUAAAAAAUAUCCAACCAUUUUAUAAAAAUACACACUUCUUUUGUUUGAUGUGAAGGUAAAUUUUAAAUAAUGUCGAUUUAUAGUUGAUUUUCUUAUUUUCAUUAUUUAUAUAGUUAAGGGAACUUUUACUUUCUAAAUUGGAAAAAAGACAAUUUUUAAAUAUUUUUAAAGAAAAAACUAUUAUAUUUAUGUAAUUCAUCAAUACAUUAUGUAAUACAGUAUGUCCCUGUAAGUUGGAACCAUAUGGAAAACUUUUUUAUUAUUAUUACUUAUUUUUAUUUUACGAAAAAAUUAUUCUUCAUAAAAUACUUGCAUGGUUUAAAACCUAAGAUUCAACCAUAAUAUAUAAAAUUGUAUGAAUAUUAUACGAGGUAUGUCAAAAAGUAUGAAUUUCGCUCAAGAGUAAAGUAGCUUUAAAAAUAUCACAAGGAAAAAUUCCUGUACUGACUGUAUACCAUAAAUCACAAAAAAUAAAAACCUUAUCUUGUGAAAAGUAUAUUUAAAGGGAUUGAUCCCUUUUUAGGGAUUUUAAAUAUACCUUUUACAAGAUAAGGUUUUUAUUUUUUUAUUUUUAUUUUUUUUAAAGUAGCUUUAUUUUUCACAAUAUUGAAAAUUGCUAUUAUGAAAAGUUGUUUAGAAUUAAGAAUUAUAUUCUAAUAUGCAAUUACAUCCUUCUAAUUGAAAAAAAAAAAUUGAAUAAUUAUGGAUAACCAACAUUAUUUUCAGUCAUUUCAAUUCUGAUAACCCUUUUAUUAUUAAUUUCACGAAAAAAAGUGACUCUUAAUAAAAAGUUAUGCAUGGUCUAAAACCUAAAACAACCAUCUUAUAUCAAAUUUUAUCAAUUUUAUACGAGGUAUGUCAAAAAAUAUGAAUUUCGUUCAAGAGUAAAAUACCUUUAUUUUUCACAAUAUCGAAAAUUGUUAUUAUGAAAAGUUAUUUACAAUUAAAAACUAUGUUUCUAUAUGUAAUUACAUCCUUCUAAUUGAAAUAUUCUCAACUAUAAAGGUACUUUACUUUUGAUCUAAAUUCAUCUUUUUUGACAUACCUCGUAUAAAAUUGAUAAACUUUGAUAUAAGAUGGUUGUACAUAUUUUAGGUUUUAAACCAUGCAGAACUUUUUAUUAAGAAUAACUUUUUUUCGUAAAAUUAAUAAUAAAAGAGUUAUCAGAAUUUAAAUAACUGAAAAUAAUGUUGGUUAUCCAUAAUUUUCCAAAAAAAAAAUUUAAUUAUGGUUUGUUUUUUAACCAAGAGGAGUGAUUCAAAUUUACCGCGCUGUAUUGCUUGUUUGUAAUUGGUCCAACCACAGUAAAGUUUACUCCACUGUUAUAAAAUAUUGACCCUAAUGACAUUUUUAUCAAAUUUUGAAACUAGUGACAUUUCAUAGGUUAAUUAAUGUGUUAAUCCUUUAAUUUUUAGAUUGUUAGUCUGCUUUUAUAUAAAAAGCAGUUGUUUUUGGAACUCUUUAGCGACGUAUUAAUUUAAUAUAAUAUUUAUGGAUUACCGUUGAGGGUCGACUAGAUCAACCAAAAAAGAAAAUGUAUUUGGUUAUUAUUCUAGUGACUUUCUUGGGUGUGAAUCUGUGUUUUUAGUUUACUCCUCCUGAUUAAAAAAUAAACAUUAGAAGGAUGUAAUUGCAUAUUAGAAUAUAGUUCUUAAUUCAAAACAACUUUUCAUAAUAGCAAUUUUCAAUAUUGUAAAAAAUAAAGCUACUUUACUCUUGAGCGAAAUUCAUACUUUUUGACAUACCUCGUAUAAUAUUCAUAAAAUUUGAUAUCUGAUGGUUGAAUCACAGGUUUUAGACCAUGCAGAGCUUUUUAUAAAGAAUGACUUUUUUUCGUGAAAUUAAUAAUAAAAAAGUUAUCCAUAUGGUUCCAACUUACAGGGACAUACUGUAUAAGACGUCUUUAGUUUUCGUUUUACAGCAAAACUAUUAUUUAUUUCUAUUAGUAUACUCCUCACUGAGUACGUGGGACCAAGUUUUCGUUGGAAUUUUUGCCAUACUGAGCAGGCAGGAAGUGAGAUGCAAUUCUUAGAUUUCCCCUAGCCUUCUUUGCCUCAGUAUUCGCAUGGUUUGCAAAUUAUAGAAACCGCGAAGGCGUUACCAGAAAAUUUAUCCCAAAAAAAGUUUUAUUUUAAUAUUAUUUUUAAUUUUGAGGUAACAAAAAAAUUUGCACUUUUAGUUGUUUUCACCAUUGCGUAGGACGUCUUCCAAAAGAUGCUUUUUAGUUUGGAAGACACUUUUCUGUAUUCCUUUCACAUUUUAUUUUUUAAUCCCAACGGGAUUCAAUUCGUGAAACUUAAAACUAAUAAAUAAACCUGUAAAAAGUUAUUUUUUUUUAUACUUUUAUGAUCUUUAUACGCGAUUUUAUGAAGAGGUUUAGAACCCAACUGUCGAGUUCCAGCUGCACAGCUUAGGCGUCGCGCACGUUGUUGUAUAAAAAUGAGUUUUAGCUCAAGUAGGUACUGUUAUAAAUACAGCUAUAACUUCGUUUCUAUUUCGAAUUUCAGAACAAAAUUUUUGGACAGUAUUUCCAUGAUGUUUAAAAUCGAUUUUUUAAAUUUAAAAAGUAAAAAUCCCCUUAAAAGAUUCUUCUAUAACAAGACAAUUUGUGCCAGGUCUUCAUCAUUUAAAAUAUACUUUCACGUCGCCAUAUCAUUUGACAUACGAAACUUAAAAAAAAUGACAGCCAUAUGGAUAUUUUGAAAUAUUUUUCUGAACAGUUGUGAUUUAGGUUAGGUAUACUGUAAUUAGUUUUAAGUUCUCGAAUGCGACUAGAUGUGUAUAUGUUAUUUAUUUUAUAGAUAUCUAAGAUAGAUUUUACGAAAAAAAAAUGUAUAUUUAGUGAAGAGCAUUAUUGAUGUUUAUAUAAAAUGCUUAUAUGGUAAAAUGUCAUUUGGAAAAAUGUUCGCUUUACGUCAUUUUAAAGAGAGGUGCAACUUACAGUUUGUGUCUGGAUUAUUUCUGUCUAUUUAGUGAGAUCCAAUACAAAAAACGGAACGGCAACACCGCAAUUUUGUUGAUUUUGUUUAAGAUGACAUUUCCUCAAAUAGUUUUUUUUUUCGUAUUUCCCCAAGAAACGGAGCAGUGAAACAUCGAAAAAUUACUGGUCGACAGUUUUCAAUUUGAAUAUCUCGAGGAGGUGAAUAGAAAAGGCUUAGGGUGAUUCCAUUUCAAACCACCCAAUUUUGGAUCCAAAAAAGUUUUGGAUCUCCGAUUUGUCUAAAACUUGGUAUAUAGCUUCUGUGGAACGUAAAAAUAAGCUCAGACUAAAGCAUUUAAGCCCGAACAGUCUUCUUCUUUUUUCUCAAAAUAUCAUUUUUAGCGAUUUUACAGUGAUUUGGUAUUUAUUUAAACAAAUUUGUAAAUUUUAUCAUCAAGUAUCAGUAGAAAAGACAAUGUUUUAUUAGAAAGGACUCAAAUAUGUCAUUAUAAGGCAUUACAACACGUUAUUUUGAUUCAAAAACAAGUUUUUGAUAAAAUUUUAGUGUAGAAAACGUUAAAAUACCAUUUUUUACAUUUUCCUCAAUUCCCAAAAUAGAUCAUCUUCGAUUUGGCUGAAAAUUUGCCCACAUAUAGCCAAAAUACAGCACUUGAAGUGGUUAAAAGGAUUUUUAUAGUUACGACAUCCACACCAUCAGGUUAUUUCGUUGUAAAUCGAUGCUGGCAGCACGAGUUUUGGUUGUUCAGAGAGAAAUCAAAUAUGCGCUCUCUGAUGAUGUCUUAACAAGGAGUGAAACCGGUCAGGGUGCUUUUGGUGCUCUCUGAACUAACUAAAAUAAGACGGCUCUUGUUUCGUUUUACAACGAAAUGAUUACUUAUUUAAUUAUAUAUACAAAAUAGUAAGCAGCAAUUUAAUUUUACAUUAACGUUUAUUUGACGUUUCAAAUUCGAUAUGACGUUUAUUUGUCUCAGUCGAAAAGAAAAAAUAUACUCCAAGGAUUGUGACGUUACGAUUUUCGACUUUGAAGUCGGUUAUAUCGAAGAUGUUUAUGUGAUAUCUAAAUGCCGUUUUAGGAUUUGGAUUUAGGAGUCAGAAUCAGAUAAGAAUCCAUUGGUAGAUCGUCUCUAUAUAUUUCAGGGGUGGCAACGCCCAAACGAAUGAACAGACUUUGCGAAUUUAUAAACGAAAAGUUUUCAUUGGGAAAUAAGCCACAAUUUAAUUUGAAAAAAAUAAUUUUAUUUUGACUUCCAAUUCGGACGUCGUUGUCAAAAUACAAAAUAUUGAUAUGUAUUACAUAUUCAUUAAUAUUUUGUAUUUUGACAACGACGUCCGAAUUGAAAGUCGAAACGUUAAUAAAAUAAUUUUUUUUUAAAUUAAAUUGUGGUUUACUUCCCAAUUAGAAUAGUUAAUUUCAAAAAUGCCACAAAGAAAUGGUACGCCUUUUCCAGAGAAAAUAGCGCCCAGUUAUUUUUCGAUUUUUCAAGCGAUUUUUCGGCUUCGUAUUCUGAGUUUAUGAGGAAUCUAUGCAUUUUUGGCCGUUUUUUGUAUGAUGACCCGUGGAAAUUGUUGCCCGAUAAUAAUUUUAACUUGCUGUAAGUUUCUCUUGUUAAAAUGUCGAACGUUUUUCUGAGGUUGAUCACCCGCUUACAUGCUGCCUUAAUGUAUUUGUAAAUAUCGAAUAUUAAAUCUGUCAAUAAGUGUUCAAAAUGUGGGAUGAUGGAGCAAAUAUAACUGUACAAUUUUUAAAGACUGUUAUUUAAUUAAAUGGUAUUACUCUAUAAUCUCGAAAUUAUUUAUACUUAAUAGUUGUAUAAAAAAUAAAUCUAUUGCAAGUAA